AUGCAGGGAUAUGGGCGCUUCAUGUUGGGUCCUACCCCAUUUGAUGGUGGUGGCUAUUGUAAAUGGAUUACUCAUUUUCCCUGCCUGUCGUGGAUUGGCAGCUUCGGCCACCGGAAUCACUACGACGUACUGGGUAUCUCACCGGACGCUUCCUCCUUAGACAUUAAGAGGGCUUACCGCCUCCUCGCUCUCAAGUACUGUCCGGAUGUUAACAAAGAAAUAGGAGCUAAUGAGGAUUUCAAGAGCAUCCUGCUUGCUUAUGAUAUUUUGAUCAAUGAAACAACCAGAACAGAAUAUGAUAGUGCUCUCCGCCACCAAGAAAGGAUGACAAGACCUCUGGGAGAUGACUGGACAACUAAUUCAGAAUACGCGGACGAGUUAAGGUUUCACAGAUGGGCUUAUCUGAGACGUAAAAGGCGACGUGAAAGAUACUGGAGACGAUAUCAUGCAUUCAUGCUGGCGAAGAGCAAUUUUCAUCUGAUGAUGAAAAGCAUAUGA